CUGGUGGCUGAAUCCCUCAACAAAUAUAUUCAAAUGUUUUUAUUGAUGGAUAUUCCUGUUCAUGUGAAUCAUGCCUCGUAAAAAGGAGCUCUCAGAAGAUUUACGAGCCAAAAUUGUUGAUUUGCACAAAACUGGAAAAGGGUAUAAAAUAAUAGCACGCACUUUAGGUAUUCAUCUCUCCACAGUCAGGGAGAUUGUGCAUAAAUGGAGACGAUUCAAUACUGUGGCUACUCUGCCGAGAAGUGGACGCCCUACAAAGACGUCUGCAAAGACAAAGAUCAUCAACGAGGCUGGCCAUGGCUCUACUGAGCCAAAAGGUAACAGAAGAGGAGAUUCAAACCAUAAAAAGGCUCAUCAUGGGUCUGCUGGGCCAGCAGAUGAUAGAACAGAUUCAGACCAUCAAACGCAUAUUGCGAGAGAUAACACAGUCUACAAUGAUGGGGACACAGAUUGUUACUCAUCUGAUUCUGACGAAGAUGAAGAUCCUACGGAGCAGUUUUUCUGUGGAGAGAAGAAGAUAUAUGCUGGUUCCUCAGUCACAAUGGGAGCCCUCCUCCUGCUCCUCCUGGCGUUCAUUGUGAAGCACGGCUUGUCAAAAGCAGCAUCCAGAGAUCUCCUGCACCUCCUAAACUUGGUGUUCGUCAAUCUGUGGUUCGACCCGCUUUAUGCCAGCAAGGACUUCCAUUUGACAGAUGAGCAUUUAAACGACCUGGACAGAGCCUUGUGUGAGAUCCAGCCACCAAAUGAAAUCAGCCAAAGUCCCAGGAGCCUCAAUGUUCAUUCCAUUCUGUCCCAUUCAAACUUCUCCACCACCAGGAGAAAGACCAAAGAGCUGUCAAAGGAUGUCAGGAGCAAGACUGUAGACCUGCACAAUGCUGGAAUGAGCAAUGAAGUUUGGUGA